AUGUCUCUAUCACGAGCUUUUACUACGCGCAAGCUCAAGCUGGGAUCUGAUUCCGGCGAUGGCAAGGGCCCUCAGCGCUCGCAUACCCUUCGCCACAAGAUCUCGGCUCCCGUUCAGCUGGUUCACACUACCAACAUGCUCUCAUACAACGCGCCCGAUCUGCCCAAGGGCGCCAAGGGCAGUCCUGCUAUUCCUGCUGUCCCCGCCGUCCCAGCUGUCCCUGCUAUUCCUACUGCUCCUCUACGAACCAACUCUGCCAAAUCUCUCGACGAUUCCGACAGCUUCGCUACCAACGAAUCGACGCCUCCAACCAGCCCAGACAUUGCGACGGGCGAGCGCACGCCUUCUCCUAAGCCGAACCACCUUUCAGGCUACUUUAAGAACUCGACCAAGUCCGCUGCCCCAGUCGAACCCGAGCCUGCGCCUGCGCCGAUGAUUCCCCAGCGCUCUCCUACGCAUACCAAGAAGAACUCGGUCGAUGCCAUUGCCAGAUCGCGAUCCAUUUCCCGCAUUUCUCGAGAUUCAGAUCUAUCUGCCGCAUCCCGGAGUCUCCAGGCCUUCUCCCGAACUCCGUCCCCUACAUCGCCUGCAGCCCCCACGGCCCCCAUGGCUUUCGCAGCCCCCAGGGCUCUCAAGACUCCUACGGCUCCUACGGCCCAAGCAUCCCCGACCCCCCUGCCUGUGCAACCUCCCAUCUCGGCGCAGCACCACGCAACCAAUUCUAAUCCUUUUGGACCGGAAUUGGGUCAAUUGACGGAACUUGCGGAAGAGUACAGCUCCGCGACCCAGAUGGAGCUAGCUGACGAGGACUUGGAGUACAUCCGCUCCAAGGGCCUCGUCAGGCUGCGUCCCGACGACUAUCUGAGCAUGAUUCAGGGCCUGUCUUCCCUCUUCUUUACGGAACCUAGCCACCCAGCUCCUGCAGCUGCGGCCCCGCUCUGGAUCUAA